UUUCCAGUGUAGAGAACAACGACUCGAAAUAUAGCACCUGUAGGGACGGCAAAGGAAGCGAAACCCUUUCUUUUCAUCAAGCAAUUAAAUUUGGGGGCUUCGAAGAUCUGUUCUGAUCAACAAUGGCGAUGGCUGCGCUGAGACGAGAAGGAAGGCGAUUUGCCCCUCUCAUGUCUCAUAAUCCCAUCAAUGCGGUCCGAUCUUCGCUUAUCACCGAGGAGUUGGCUCCUCAGGGCGCACGCUCUAUAUCAACUCAAAUAGUCAGAAACCGGAUGAAGAGUGUGAAAAAUAUUCAGAAAAUCACAAAAGCAAUGAAGAUGGUUGCAGCUUCAAAGCUACGAGCAAUUCAAACGAGAGCAGAAAAUUCACGUGGCCUGUGGCAGCCAUUUACUGCACUUCUUGGGGAUACUCCUAGUGUUGAAGUCAAGAGGAAUGUUGUCGUUACUAUUUCAUCUGACAAAGGUCUAUGUGGUGGAAUCAAUUCUACGGCAGUCAAGAUCAGUCGAGCUAUUCAUAAGUUGACUGCUGGUCCUGAGAAAGAGACAAAGUAUGUUGUUUUGGGAGAAAAGGCAAAAGCUCAACUUAUCCGUGACUCAAAGAAGGACAUUGAGUUAUCUAUAACCGAAUUGCAGAAGAAUCCCCUGAACUAUACUCAGGUGGCUGUACUUGCAGAUGACAUCCUAAAGAAUGUUGAAUAUGAUGCUUUGAGAAUUGUUUUCAACAAGUUCCAGUCAGUUGUUUCAUUUAUGCCAACAAUUGCAACUGUAUUAUCCCCUGAGGUCGUAGAGAGGGAGGCUGAAUCCGGUGGAAAGCUUGGUGAGUUGGAUUCUUAUGAAAUAGAAGGUGGUGAGACCAAAGCAGAAGUGCUGCAGAACCUUUCAGAGUUCCAGUUUUCUUGUGUUCUUUUCAAUGGUAUAUUAGAGAAUGCCUGCAGUGAGCAGGGGGCUAGGAUGUCCGCCAUGGACAGUUCCAGCAGAAAUGCUGGUGACAUGCUUGAUCGUCUCACUCUUACUUAUAACAGAACCCGUCAAGCAUCCAUCACUACCGAGCUUAUCGAGAUUAUAUCUGGGGCUUCAGCACUGGAAGGUUAAGUCCAGGAAGCAGCCUACUUGGUCAAAAAUAAAAACAUUGAGAGAAGUCUGUUUCCCCCUCAAGGGGGGGUCAUCCAAUUUCAAACGCAGUUUUUGGUUGAGCUGCUACUUCGAAUAAUCUACGGAAGUCAAAACUUAUUUUCUGGAAGUUGUGAACAUUUUUCUGUUUUUGGAUUUUUUAGGGGCUCCUGUGUCAACUUGUUUCAUGUAUGGCAUUUGGGUUUGUUUCUUUUCUUUGUUAAUGAUGAAGUUGGAAUUUCUCUCA